UGCAGAGGAUGAUGCCAUGUCAGAGAUUCUCACUGUAGAUGCGAUUUUGUUUGGACUCUUGGUGUUUUCUGGCAUCUUGGGAAACAUCUUGGUCAUCCAUGUGGUGUUUCAAUCUGCUUUGGAGAGUCCAUCUCGGAGACUCCCUCCCUCCGAUACCAUCUUAGUGCACCUGUCUCUGGCCAACCUUCUUACCUCUCUUUUCCGCACCGUUCCCAUAUUCGUAUCGGAUCUGGGUUUGGACGUGUCCCUGUCUCCGGGGUGGUGCAGGGUCUUCAUGUUGCUCUGGGUGUGGUGGCGAGCCGUGGGCUGUUGGGUGACUCUGACGCUCAGCAUCUUCCACUGCACCACCCUGAGGCGUCACCAUGUGAACAUUGGACCUCUAACGCUACAGAGGGAGAGGCGGAGGGUUUGGGUGGUACUCGGACUCGUGUGGGGGGCUAACCUAGCCUUCUCUGUCCCUGCACUGUUGUUCACUACUCAUGUUCAUAGCAACGCCACCGUGGAGCUCAUGGUGAUAAGCUGCACUACAAGACCUCUUCUAGGCUGUGUUUGGGAGUUCCCUUCUGAGCAACAAGGCUCUGCCUUUGCGUCUACUUCCCUUGCCCUCAAUGAGGUGUUGCCACUGGUUCUGAUGGUUUGCACCAACUUGGCAACUCUUCACUCUCUAGCCAAGCACAUUCGAGCUAUAACCUCAGGCUCUGAGUCAGGAAGCCACGGGGAGCUGGACAAACAUGUGUCCACUGAACGCAAGGCCGCUCAUGUAAUCAUGUCUCUGGUGUCCCUCUUUGUGGUGUGCUGGGUUCUGCAGGUUGCCGCGGUGACAUACUACAACCAUGACGGGGGACAUCAUGCUGAGGGGCUGCUAACUGUGGCUCACUUCUCUGCAUCGCUCUUUGUGGGAUUCAGUCCCCUUGUAGUGGCUCUGGGACAUGGGAAGCUGAGGAGGAAAAUCAAGAACAUGAUUCUGGUUUGGACCAACGUCCUUCACAGUCAAGAGACUGAAAGUGUGAAUAAAUCCCCCAAAUCAGACGGAAAGCAAAACAAUUUUGCGGCUCAAAAAAGGUUAAGGUUAUAA